AUGAGCGAUUUUGCAAUCUCUAUUUCACUUGUAUUUUUAGGAAAUACUAAUUCUGGCAAUAAAAUCUGCAAAGUUCAUUCAACAAAGGACAGCACCAUAUGCGGAACACAAAACAUCGUUCUUAACGGGAAGAACAUUGUGCAAAAAGAUGUGGUAGUUCGUGGCGAUCUAGCUGCUAUCCGAAGCGGUCGUUUCUGUAUCAUACGCGAGGGGACGAUAAUACGACCAAGUUCGAAAAAGUUUAGCAAAGGAGUGACAUUGUUUCCAGUUCAUAUUGGUGACCACGUCAUGAUUGAAGAGAACUGCGUAAUAAGUGCAGCUCAGAUUUGCUCUUUUGUGCAUAUCGGAGCUGGUUCGGUCAUUGGCGGAAGUGCUGUGCUAAAAGAAUGCUGCCGGGUGUUACCGGGCAGUGUUGUUGCAGCCGAUUCAGUUUUCCCGCCGUAUAGCACUAUUUCAGGAAAUCCAGCUAGAAUCAUUGGACAAGAACCGGAAUGCACUGAGGAUCUGAUGACAGAAGCAACAAAGCAAUACUAUGACAAUUUUCAACCGUCGAAUGUGCCAAAAGCUUCAUUCUCUUGACGAUCAUCUACACUUUUCUUUGUGAGUGUUCGACUUUGGCAAUGUUCUAACCGGUAAAGCAUAAAUUGUACAGUAGCUCAA